GAACGCGCCGGCAAGAUGCGGGGCUUGAGUUUGCUCCUCUUCAUAACGCUGGCUCGUGAUGCAGUGACUGACCUUUACGUGACAGGAGCAUCGCUUCCGCCAAACCUCGGGGUGAGCGCUGCUCCUCCCGCCACAUCCCCCGUCGCCGCCCGGUAUAUUCCCCGAGAGUACGGGCAUCCUGGGAUUGCGCUCGCCCGGUCUGCCGAAGAGCCCACGACGCCGAGCACAGAGGAUGGAGAGUCUUCUCACCACCACGGAGGAGGAUUCAAGAUAGUGCAGUGGGAAUGGAGCUACGUGCAGACACCUUACAUUAUAGCCAGCUGGCUCUUGGUGGCCAGUGUGGCCAAAAUACUUUUCCACUUCUCUCAGCGUUUCACCACAGCAGUCCCGGAGAGCUGUAUGCUGAUUCUGCUGGGUCUGGCUCUGGGCACAGUGGUUCUGCUUGCCAGCAAAAAGCAACCAUAUCAACUGGACCCCGGGCUUUUUUUCCUCUUUCUCCUGCCAACUAUAGUGGGGGAUGCUGGGUAUUUCAUGCCUGCACGGCUGUUUUUCGACAACCUGGGUGCCAUUCUGAUGUACGCUGUAGUAGGCACUUUGUGGAAUGCCUUCUGCACUGGAUUCUGUCUCUAUGGAGUCAAGAUGGCCGGAGUCAUAGAUGAAAAAGUGGACGCAGGUUUGAUGGAAUUCUUGUUGUUUGGAGCUCUGAUCUCAGCUGUGGAUCCUGUAGCAGUGCUCGCUGUGUUUGAAGAAGUCCAUGUGAACGAGACACUCUUCAUCAUCGUCUUUGGCGAGUCAUUGCUCAAUGAUGCUGUCACUGUGGUCUUAUAUAAGGUGUACAUAUCAUUUGUGGAAGUGGGACCAGGGAAUGUUAACACUGCAGAUUAUUUUAAAGGAAUUGCCUCCUUCCUCAUUGUCAGUAUUGGAGGGACUUUGGUUGGUCUCAUCUUUGCCGUUAUUCUAGCCUUCUUCACUCGUUUCACAAAGAAGGUGCGCAUCAUAGAGCCAAUGUUCAUCUUCCUGUUGGUUUAUCUGGCCUACCUAACAGCGGAGCUCUUCUCUCUGUCCGCCAUUCUGUCGUUGACUUUCUGUGGAAUUGGCUGUAACAAAUAUGUGGAGGCUAAUAUAUCCCAGAAGUCCCGGACUACUGUAAAGUACACCAUGAAGACCCUGGCCAGCAUUGCAGAGACGAUCAUCUUCAUCUUUUUGGGAAUCUCAGCUGUGGACAAGUCAAAAUGGGCCUGGGACACUGGUCUCGUUGUCAGCACACUCAUAUUUAUCUUAGUCUUCAGGGCUAUGGGUGUUAUAGGGCAGACUUGGUUUCUGAACUGGUUCAGGCUGGUUCCCCUGGACAAGAUCGAUCAAGUGGUGAUGUCAUACGGCGGUCUGCGAGGUGCCGUGGCAUUUGCUCUGGUUGUUCUUUUAGACAAAGAACAUGUGAAGGCCAAGGAUUACUUUGUGGCAACAACCAUAGUUGUGGUUUUCUUCACAGUCAUGUUUCAGGGUUUAACCAUCAAGCCUUUAGUGAAAUGGCUGAAAGUGCCACGUAGCACAAACAGAAAACCCACCAUUAACGAAGAGAUCCACGAGCGCGCCUUCGACCACAUUCUGGCAGCUGUGGAGGACAUCGCUGGACUGAAUGGCUAUCAUCACUGGAGGGACAAGUGGGAGCAAUUUGACAAGAACUAUUUGAGUAAGUUGCUCCUGAGAAAGUCUGUCUACCAUAAGAGUGAACUGUGGGAAGCCUAUCAGAAAAUCAACAUCAGAGAUGCCAUCAGUGUCAUUGAUCAGGGUGGGAAUGUGUUGACCUCUGCUAGAGUCUCUCUGCCUUCAAUGGCCAGCAGAACAUCUUUCCCUGAAGUUACAAAUGUUACUAACUACCUGAGAGAGAACGGCAGUGGAGUGUGUUUAGACCUCCAGGUGAUUGACACAGUGCCAGGAGCAAAGAUAGAGGAAGAGCUGGAGACACAUCAUGUGCUUGCUGGAAACCUCUACAAACCCAGACGACGGUAUCAGUCCCACUACAGUCGCCACUUCAUGACAUUGGGUGAAAAAGAGAGACAAGACAGGGAGGUUUUCCAGAGGAAUAUGCGCAACCGUCUGGAGUCCUUUAAAUCCACUCGCUACAAGCGCCACAAGAAAGACCGCAGUCAGAAAAAGCGGAAAGGGUCAGAUGCUAAAGAGCAAGACACCAGCGACAAACCCAGACGCAAUGUCAGCUGGCAGGACAAAGACCCGCUUGUGGCUCCAUUGGCACCCGAGGAGGAUAAACAUGAUCCUACUGAAGUAGAUAAAGAUGAUGACGUGGGCAUUAUUUUUGUGGCUCGCAGAACCCCAGAAACACCAAAGGAGAGACCGAAAUCAGUACCAGCAGCUCUGGAUGUCUGUCAGAGCCCGAUCACAGCUCCUCCCUCACUGACAUGCGGAGAGAAAAACCUGCCGUGGAAAAGUGGCAUGGGUUCCCUCCCUCCCUGUGUGUCUGUGGAGGCAACCAAAAUCAUCCCAGUAGACCUUCAGCAGGCCUGGAAUCAGAGCAUCUCCUCUCUGGAGAGUCUGGCUUCUCCUCCUGCUCCCGCAGAGCCUCUUCACCCGCGCAUUAGCGCUCUCUCGCGGCUAGGAGGACCCCUGCGCACCCCUGCCAAGGACAAAAGUGCUGGUGUUGAUGCAGGAUUAGAAAGCACUACAAGUUCCCCAAGUUCAGGGCAGUUCAAAUACCCUAUGGGGAAGGAGGAAGAGGAGGAAGGUGCUCUUUCUCAGCAGCAUCGGGAAAUGCAGCCGCUAAUGUCAUCUUUGAGGCCGCCACCGCCUCCUCCUCCACUUGCUGCACAAUCUGCAGGAAAGAGAAGGAAUCCUUGUGUUUAUCUUAGGAGUCUGGUGACAGUGCCACCUACUGGUGCAGAGCCACAUAGCAGGAAGCCAACCCAACUAUAGACUCUCUCGCUUUUUUACUGUGUGGUCAUUUAAGGACCUUCAAUCAUCUCACAGUAGGCAUUUACCUCCUCAGGCCAUACUUUAUUUUUGAAGUCAGUAAAUUAAUAACUGAGAGGUUACUCGUUUGGUUUCUUUUUUUAGCACUUCAUGGGUUUAUAAAUGCAAUUAUUUGUUGGUUUGAAGUGAUCUUCAAGCUGUGAUCUGCCCUGUAUCAUGUACCUCUGCAUGUGUGAUUGUCAAGGUUAAAAGCGACUGAACAUCUUAAGGCUAAACCACAUUCCAAGUACCAUGUACUGGGAGUGUCUGUUGAACAGUGUUUUUACUGAAAUGUCCUCCCUCAGUCACUCAAUCACACAUCUAAGAACGGCAAAUCACUUUAUGGUUAUUCUUAAUCUCACAGAUUUAUUCUUCAAAUCAGCCAAUCCAUUUUAAAACAAGAAUAAGCAGUGCUGAGGUUUUAUUCUUUCAGUAGGGGAUGACAGAACAACACAUUUUCAUCUGGCACAAAGCACACAAAGGCACGCGUCUUCAAUCACAGUCGUUGAAAUAUUGAAAUAUGCAUAACAAAAUCCACACCCAUUGCAUCGGGUGACAAAUAAUUGAUGAUGAUUGUCAUCAGGAGCAUUUAUGCUGUGCGCAGGAUGUAUAAGAUUCUAUGCAGCACAUGACUCUCUGUUGUUGUGUUUUGGAGAAACAGCAAAGUGUGUGAAUUUAUUUCGUAUUGACGUCUCAUCUUCAUACCUUUUAUGCUUUUGCUUUAGGAAAAACAGGGCUUAGUUAAUCUGUAUUUUAAUCUACAAAGCUACACGUAGCUGUUUUAAUAACCAAAGUGUAAAAUGUUUUGUCCAGCAUUGCGUAAUUUUAUGACACUAUAUUAUAUUUAAUCAUGAAUAAUUAUUUAUGGAUCAUUUAUUUUAUGUGAUUUAUCAGUAGUAGGGGGUUGGGAAAUGGCUGCCGAGUAUAUCUUGUUCUGUUACCACUGUAGGUCGGAUGUGAAUGUCUACAGAAAUAUUUGACAGCGACAAUGCACAGACUCAUCUAUAUAAUCUAUUGCACUUAUUUCAGCAAUGUUUAGUUUAAUCGACCAUAUGCAGGCACUAUGACUUACAGUAUGAUGAGAUGGAUGUAAUGUUGUUUAAUUUAGUUUUUUGUCUGACAUAUACCAUGUAUAACUAUACCAUAAAAUGGUAUUGUACACAGGUUUUGCACUUUAAAUUAAAAGCCAUUUAGUCCAGUUGUAUCAAUGGUGUUGAUGAAGCUACUGGCCCAUUGUUUUGUAUUGCUGUGUAAUUCUGUGUAUGUAUUGAGGGUUGUUGUGCCUUGAGAAGUUGUUAUGUGUUGGGAACGAGGCCUUGUUGAUCUAUAUUGUGCCUGUAACAGUAUGGAGUGGUGGUUCAGUGCUAUGUUGUCUUACUUGAACUUGUCGCAUUAGCAGAAAUGUCAGCCCAAUCAUUCAACCCCCAUAAAAUUCAACUGGAAUUAAAAAACACACC